UCGGUAAUCACAUGAUUUUUUUAUGUUGCGUCAGUUGUGUAGUGUAGCAAACUCUCGCAGCUAUUAUCUCAACGAUACAGGGAAUAUUACAUAACAUUGGAGAAUACGUGAACACGUAGAGCAAUUUAUUUAAAUCGUUAGGCCUUGACCUUGAACACUUUUUAAAAGCGAAGUAGCUUUAAACGUUAGCUAACGUUAAGCAUUUUUCCUUUUCAUGACUAACUUCUGCUUGUUGCAACAGUCAGUCAGAAUGGGCCAUUUUCUAUCUCUCAACACCUUACUGUACCUGCUUGUUACGAGCUGCUCGGGCUCCCCUCCCUCGAAUUUCAUCCUCCUGUUCGCGGACGACCUGGGGUUCGGCGACCUAGGAUGCUACGGUCAUCCAACCUCGCUCACGCCCAACCUGGACCGAUUGGCGGCCGACGGACUGAGAUUCACUGACUUCUACUGCACCAGUCCCGUCUGCAGCCCCUCCAGGGCGUCUUUGCUGACAGGGCGCUACCAGACCCGGUCAGGGGUGUACCCGGGGGUGUUCUACCCUGGUUCCCGCGGGGGUCUACCGCUGAACGAGACCACCAUAGCGGAGAUGCUAAAGCCCCUGGGCUACGCCACGGCAGCCAUGGGGAAAUGGCACCUGGGCGUGGGGGAGAACGGGAUGUACCUGCCCACCCAACAGGGCUUUGACCACUACCUGGGGGUCCCCUACUCCCAUGACAUGGGACCCUGUCAGAAUCUGACAUGUUUCCCUCCAGAUGUUAAAUGCUUCGGAAACUGUGACAACGGCGUGGUAACCAUCCCACUAAUGCACAAUGACGUCAUAAAGCAGCAGCCUGUGGACUUCCUGGAUCUGGAGAGGGCUUACAGUGACUUUGCCACAGACUUCAUCACCCAGUCUACCAGGAAGAAACAACCCUUCUUCCUCUACUACCCCUCCCAUCACACCCACUACCCCCAGUAUGCAGGCCCGGCAACGGCAGGGCGGUCUCGAAGGGGUCCGUUUGGUGACGCUCUGCUGGAAUUUGACUCUACAGUAGGGAAUCUGCUCUCAGCUCUGGAACAUACUGGAGUCCUCAACAACACUCUCAUACUGUUCACUGCUGAUAAUGGGCCUGAGUUGAUGCGUAUGUCUCGGGGGGGUAAUGCUGGUCCUCUGAAGUGUGGUAAGGGCACCACCUAUGAAGGGGGCAUGAGAGAACCUGCCAUCGCCUACUGGCCUGGGACCAUCACACCAGGGAUCACCCAUGAGCUGGCCAGCACCCUGGACAUCAUGCCCACCAUCGCAGGGCUGGCGGGGGCCAAACUACCAAUGGUGCAGCUGGACGGAGUGGAUAUGACGGACAUCUUGGUCAACCACGGGCCGAGUAAGAGAGAGGCCAUGAUGUUCUACCCUACAGACCCUAGUGAGAAGUACGGUCUGUUCGCUCUCAGGCUGGGCAAAUACAAGGCUCACUUCUACACACGCGGUGCAGGCCACAGUGAGACCACCCCAGACCAGGACUGUCACAUAAUCUCCUUCCUGAAGCCCCAUGAUCCUCCCCUGCUGUUUGACUUGGAGUCUGACCCCAGUGAGAACUAUCCCUUGUCUUCGCUGGGACGCCCCGACCUGCAGGCCCUGCUGCAGAGGAUAGGCGUGGUCAAGGAACAGUUUGAAGCCUCCAUGGUGUUUGGGGAGAGCCAGAUCGGGAAAGGUAGCGACCCUGAUCUUGAGCCCUGCUGCACACCGCACUGCACCCCCAAACCUUCCUGCUGCCAGUGUGGCUGAUGCACCCUCAAACCUACAGUACUGCUUGUACUAUACCUUAAGUAAGACUAGUUCUAGUACCUCUAUUACUGUGGAUGAGGUACCCCCAAACUUAACCUCUGAAAGUGUGGAAAGACAGUUCUUUAAGCCAUAUCAGAGACUGUGGGAAGCAGCACCUUUUCAAACAUUAGAAAUGGUACAUCCAGCAUGGCCAUUGUUCCACGUGUCUGAUCUACCAAAUCUAAUUCUAUGGAUGCGGGCACCCUCAUGUGGACCCUGCAUCCCAGUGACAACUGCGCCCGGUUUCCCAAAAGCACUAUGCCUCAAUGACGCACUUAGCAACUGUGUGGUGUUUUAUCUUCAGCCUUUGUAGAAAAGAUGCUUUGUUAAAACACUCGUAAGCCUAAGUUCCAUCGCUAUCGGGGAAACCGGGCUAGUUUUUACAAAAGACGGUGUGUGUUAUUUUUAAAUACAGGAUUAUAUUAAUACAUUCUCUUUCACUAUAAAAUAGUGUAACGUCUCACACCCAGAAGAAAG